CUUUGUCUUUUUUACAAAAAGCAGGCCGCAAUUCUCUUCUUGCCAAAGCUGACAUUAAAUCUGCUUUCAGACUACUACCUAUAAACCCCAUCGGUUAUAAUUCUUUGGGUUUUUAUUUUCUCGAUAAAUUCUUUUAUGAUAUGGCCCUUCCCAUGGGAUUCACCCUAUCUUGCUUUUAUUUUGAGGCGUUUUCAACUUUUCUACACUGGGUUAUGGAUAUUCACUCAGGUAGUGGAUUUUUACUACAUUAUCUCGAUGACUUUUUAUUUAUAGGUCGUGAAGAUUCGGAUGAUUGUAUGAAUCUUCUGAAUAGAUUCAUUGGUAUAGCUAAAUAUUUCUGCAUUCCAUUAGCUGUAGAUAAAACUGUCUAUCCUACUACGAAUCUCAAGUUUUUGGGCAUAGAUAUAAAUACAGUAACAAUGGAAUUUAGCAUACCAAUGGAAAAAAUCCAGAAUACUGUUCAACAAUUAACUCGCAUAUCCGGAAAAGAAAAAAUUACGCUUAAACAACUUCAGUCUCUUUUAGGUUCUCUUAAUUUUAUUUCUCGUGUGAUUCCCAUGGGAAGGGUCUUUUCUAAAAGAUUGUAUGCUGCCACAUCAGGACCUUCAAAAGUUGUAUGGAUUUUUGGGGAUGAACUGAUUCAAUUGGCUGAGAGAAGAUCUGCUUUUAGACAUUCUACUGUUAAUUUAGGUUAUUCAGCAGAAUUUUCCAUAAACUGGUUUUCCUUUGCUGACCUUAAAAUUUCUGAUAUCUUCAAGAAUGUCAGCCUUAUAUAUUCAAAAAUGUCGAAACCUGACCUGUUUAUUUUACAUAUUGGCUCGUUUGAUUUGGGAAAAAUCAAAACGCAUUUGUUAAUUUAUGAAUUAAAAGAAUUGUUAUGUAAAAUAUGCUACUUACUUGAUGGUGUUGUACUCGUAUUUUCUGACAUCAUCCCAAAAUUUUCUUGGUUCAAUUCUGAGUUAUCCUUUCUGGAAACAAUUAGGAAAAGAAUUAAUAAAAAAAUGGAGAUUUAUUUGAAGGAAAUUGGUCAUGGCAAUUACAGACAUGUUGAAUUAGAAGGAUUCGUUAGAGGACUUUACCAAGAAAAGGAUGAUCAGCUUUCUGAUAUUGGAUGUGAUAUAUUCAUUUCAGAUUUGCAGAACAUAAUUGAUAAUGGUUUUUAUUAAAGGCUUGCAAUGUUUAUUGGGCCACUUGUUUUUAUGUGGCGUUGUGGGGUUAAGUCACUCUCUGAGUGGACUGAGUGUUAUAUGGUUUAUUGGUUUAAAUAUUUACUUAUUUAUAUUUGAGAAUAAAUUGGAUUAACCAGAUUAUAAUUAAUUGGUUAAGUAAUAAGCA